AAAUCAAAUGAUAACCAUUUAAUCCCUUUUAAAAACUGCAACAAUAGGUAUUUUCACCCUAGUAUGAUCAUGACUCCAUUGUUCUUUUCUUUUCUAUGGCAUCAAAAGAUUAGUGUAUUCUUCCGUCAUACCCCAUCAUUUUGUCACUUUUUUUGCUCUUUUUAACUCCAUAAAUAAUCCACUGUCCAAUCUUAUUUCUCAAAACACACCGAAUUUUCAAAUUCUUACAUCAAACUUUCCUUCAAAAUAGUAUACACUCUUCUAAAUUAAACAUGGAUUCCCAUUGGUCUUUUAACUAUCCUGAUCAGCAACUCUCAUUCGUCGAUAACACUCCUCGGUUUAUUGACCAGCAACCACAACAACCUCAUGUUCAUUCAGCACCAUCGGGUUCCGGCAACCUCCUGCAGCAGCAGCUGAAGGGCUUUUGGGAAAGUCAGUGUCAGGAGAGCAGUCAAGCUGUUGAUUUCAGAAACCACAGCUUGCCUUUAGCAAGAAUAAAGAAAAUCAUGAAGUCUGAUGAUAAUGUACGUAUGAUUUCGGCUGAUGCUCCGGUGCUGUUGUCCCGAGCCUGCGAAAUGUUCAUACAGGACUUAACCCUCAGAGCAUGGAGCUGUACUGAAGAGGGUAAGAGAAAGACACUGCAGAAAGCAGACAUAUCAGCUGCACUGUCAACGACAGACUUGUUCGAUUUUUUGGUUGAUAUCUUGCCUAGAGAGAAACCACUUACCUCCACUAUCCCACCCAUGAAUGUGAUGAUGAAUACAGCUUCUAGCAGCCUCGGAGGAAUCUGUAAUCACCAUCAUCAGCAUCUGCAGCAGCAUGAGGGUUACUGUGUAGGCGACGCUGCAGGUACCGGGCUAAACAAGGGGUUACAGAUGAAUCAGAGAGUUGAUCAGCAACAUGAACAGGUAAAUAAUGGAGGAUUUGAUAAUAGUAAGAAUAACAUUUAUGGAGGGUGGCCUAAUUAUUUGUCUCAUCAUAGUCAACAAUCUGCUUGGCCUCCACCAGAUUUUUGACCAUUAUAAUGGAACAUAUAAAAGCCCAAAGGGUUGUAUUUUUAGUUCAAGAGUUAUUUUUAAUUAUCAUAUGAUAAUUAUUAUACAUAACCUAAUGGUUUGAUUGCAUGUAUUUUAAUUUAUUUAAUGAAUCAAGUUGGUUAUUUUAUCAUUAAUUCAUACUUAAUAUGAUUGUCCACUUGGUUAAUUAUCAAGUUAUUUUGUGUAUAGUGAGUUGUGAUUGAAUGGUUGCCUCGUUUAUAUAGUGUCACUAAAACACUUGAGCUAGAAAAGAAUGGAGAUGGAUUCCUAUUGUCACAAAAACACUUGUGCUAAAAAAACAUCAA